GUGUUUCUGAGAAACAUUAUUUCUUCAGUCUCUCGUCUGUGAAACCAAGAAACCACAGAAAUAGGUGACAGAUAACUUCCCCACUAGUGUUGAGAAUUUUUUGCAGGAGCUCAGCUAAAGUAGAAACUCUUGCUCCUUGCAGUGAAAGGAAGUCUGUUCAUCUUGAAAAUGAGACCCCUUCAGUGUCUGGCCAUUGGACUCUUCCUGCAACUUGAUUUCUGUGCAGGACAAAGGAUGGUGUCAAUUCAGAAGGGCCGUCUCUACCGAGCAAGAGGUUACCAUGUCACUAUCUGGUGUAAUGUCAGUGGAUAUCGAGGAUCACUGCAGCAGAAUUUUGAGUGGUCCUUUUAUAAGCCAUCUGCUCCAGAGAUACCACUGCAGAUCAGCAGCACUAGUGAUGAGUCCUUCCCUUAUGCUGUCUAUGGGCAACGUGUCAAAAGUGGGGAAAUUUACAUAGAAAGGCUCAGCGGAGACUCUGUUCUGCUACACCUCACAGACCUCAAGGAUGUGGAUGCUGGCGAGUAUGAAUGUCACACACCCAACACAGAUGGUAUCUAUUUAGGGACUUAUAGUGCCAAAAUGCACCUCUCAGUCAUUCCAGACACUCUCUCUGCCACCAUGAAUAUGCAGUCUCUCAGCCGAGAUCAAGAGGAUUCAUUAGAACUUACUUGUGAAGUGUCAACAGCAACAGCUCUACACACCCAUCACUCUGUUGCUUGGUACCUUCUUCAAGAAGGAGGAGGUGGGCAAGCUCAGAAGAUCAUUUCCCUGUCCAGAGAGUUUGUCUUGUCUCCAGGAUCUUCCUAUCAUCAGAGAUUUUCAUCCGGAGAUGUCAGGCUAGACAAAACUGGAAGCAAGAAAUAUACAUUAUCCAUUCUCAGCAUUCAGCCCUCAGAUCAGGGGAAGAUAUACUGUGAAGGGGUGGAGUGGAUUCAAGAUCCUGAUGAAACUUGGAAAGAUAUUGCUCGAAAAGAGACCAACAGAACAUCACUGACUGUCAGAAGCCUUGAUAAAAGGUUUUUUGUUAACAUCUCUGUUACUGAGAGGUCCCUUCUGGAAGGAGAAAGAUUACAGAUAACUUGCUGUGUGGAAGCCCAGAAUAUUCAAUACAGAUGGUUCCAGGUGGCUUGGUACCGUCAUGGUAUGGUGGUGGCUAGUCUGGAUCAGUAUGGGUCCUUGACCUUUCCAAAUGACAACGAGCAAAAAUACAGCAUGGGAAACCUCUUAGUGAAGAAGGACAGCAAUAGCAAGUACAUCCUCCAAAUAAGCCAGCUGGAACUGAAGGACAAAGGCACAUAUAGCUGUGAGGUUUCUGAAAUAGAGAAGACUCCCACAGGGUCAUUCGCCAUUACAGAACAAAAAUCUUCAUCAGGCAUGAAUAUAAAUGUGAAGCCAAGAGAAAGCCAUAUGCACCUGUCUGUGUCAGUCAAUAAUGAAAAAGCCAUGGAAGGGUCAGCUUUGGUCUUCUACUGUAAUGGGACCAUAACUGAUCAAUCGGUAUCUGUGACCUGGUGGCAUAUUCAGAAGGACAGAGAGCCUCCGUUGUUCAUAGCCAGCAUGGAUCAAGAUGGCAAGCUAAAGAUAGGCCCUUGCUACUUGGAACGCAGUGCUUCUGGUGAACUCAGAUUAGAAAAGCUGGGCUCUUCCAUAUUUACUUUGACUAUCUACAACUCUUCAGCCACCAAGGAUACAGGACUUUAUCGCUGUGAAGUGACAGAGUGGUCUAAGGGCAAGAGCUGGAAACACACUCAAGAAAUCUCAACAAAAGUUGAGCCACUAGGUUUGGAUCUGAAAGCUGUGCUGAGUAGCAGAAUUCCAAAUGUAAAUCUUCAUGAAGAUUUUGAACUUUUCUGCAAAAUUUCUGUUAAUGACACCACCAACCCAGUGCCAGUGUCCAUCACGUGGCAAUUCAAGCCCAGCUCAGGCACAGCUGGCUAUCAGCAAGUGGUCAAAGUCACUGCAGGAGGCACCAUUGAGUGGGGAUCGCCUUAUUUACAUCUCCAGAAGAAAGCCAAGAUUACCAAAUCCUCCUCUGUAUCUUGGCUCUUAAUCUACAGUGCCACAUGGCAGGAUUCAGGAAUGUAUAGGUGUGAAGCAGAUCUCUGGAAAAGGUCAGGCAGGCAUUCAGCUGUGGGAGCAACUGCAGUGGUACUCUCUAAUCCUGUUGAGAUAAAGGUUACCAAACCAGAAAGCAAAUUAAACAUCAACAUCAAUUCAAAGUCUCUUGAAAUGUCGGGCAAUGAAGAUGCAACAGUUGAUUGCAAAAUCAUAUCAAUGACCAAGAGGAAUUCUCUGUUAGGAAUUACUUGGUAUUUUCUGCCACUGUCUCCUGAGGAUGCAAUUCCACUGAUGAUUUUAAGGACCAAUUAUAGUAACAUAUUGGAAUAUGGAGAAGCAUUCAGUUCUCCUCGUCAGAAAUCCCGAUUUCAUAGCAAGAAGGUUUCCAGCCUCCUGUACCAACUACUCAUUCUGUCAGCAGAUCAUGAUGUCCAGGGUAAAUAUUAUUGUGAAGCAGAUGAAUGGAUCUGGUCAAUGGAAGGCAGCUGGUACAGUCUUGGGAAGAUGGAAUCUGGAAAAACCACUGUGUACUUCAAGCUUUCAGAAAAUAAACCAUGCAUUGAAAGGACAAACCACAGCAUCACCACAACUGAAAAUGAGGAUGUGACCCUGAAAUGUAUUCUGCAGAGCACGAUACAGCCCACUUCCCGCUUUUCAGUCACCUGGUUUAAAGUGUCAGAACAUUUUAAUGCUGAAACUCUAGUGGAAAUCAAAAGUAAUGGUAUUAUUCAGUAUGGCAAUGUGACUAUGGCAAGAAGGUUGCAACCUCACUGCAGUUCUGUUGGUGACUUUCACCUGACACUGUGGAAUGUGGAGAUGGAGGAUGCUGGGCUGUUCUACUGCCAGGUGGAAGAAUGGCAGGCAGCCAACAGUAGCACUGCUCAAGUUCAGCAUGCAUCAGGCCAGUCAGGAUACAGCAACCUUGUUGUGCUUCCUUCAGAUUCAAGAAGUUCUUCCCAGAUUUGUUCUUCUCGAUGGCUGUACCACUUCAUUUUAUUCUGCCCUCUAGUUCUGUUCCUUACCCUCACAACUGUUUUCCUCAUGUUGUACUUCAGAAGAAAACAUGUUCAGAAGGGGAAAAUGGCUUUGGAACAAAACAAAACUUCUGGUGAAGAGCUUGGGGUGCUGGCACCAACCACUUCGACCCAGUAGAAAGUAACAGCAUAGUUGAGGAUAAAUCCAGUAGCUUGAAGAGCAAUGAAAUCAGCUGACUCUUGAAGGAGGAGAUAAUGCCACCUGGAGCUUUAUGGAAGGAGUGGGCAUUUUGCAGCCUCCAACAGUUCUCACAAUGGAUUCAGCUGGCUAGGACUGCAGGGUCUGUAGUCAAAACAUUUGGGGGAGGGGGGCUCACACAAUUCCCACUUUUUGCAGUAUAGCGUGCAUAGGUCUUUUUUGUUCUCUUGGUUGUGACACUGGAACUUAUCCAGCAGGAGUGAAACUAACUCCAGUUAAUGAUAGGUUUUUGUUGCCCGCUUCCAUUCCAUGGCAAUGUUUUUAAGCCUUCCAUGUUGCCACCUCCCUCCUGUUCCAUUCCUCUGAAUUCAACAAACUACUCCCUUUUUGAAUUCUACUAUUUCUUUUCAAGAAAAUUGCUUAACAGAGCAAUCUUAUGCACAGUUACUGAGAAGAUGAGUUCAUGUAGGACUUUACAGCCUAAAUCUUAAGUCACAAGAAUUUUUAAAGCCUUAAAGAAUUUGCCCAUUUUUUUAAAUGAGUUUUUAAAAAUUCAGUCAGUCACCAGUCAACAUUUAAUUCAACAGGUCUACUCUAGGUGGGACUAAUCAACAGGAGGCCAGCCAUUAUGUUACACUUGUAAACAACAGUUGUUGCUGGCAAAAGUGAUUAACUAUAAGUAUCUGGUUAUUGUAACUAGGUACCUCAAAGCCAUUUAUCUAUUCAGGGGCAUACUUUUUGUAUGUCGACAUGUACUGUAUAUGUAAAGGCAUACAUGAGAAUGACUGUGUCCCUUAAGACAUCCACCAGUUAUCAAGUCUGGAAUUUAAUAAAAAUACCCCCAAAAUCCCUAUCCCAAAAUGCAUCUGUGGAGGUAAUCAGGUGGCCCCUUUCCCUGGCAUCACUUGAUCAUAGGAGCCUACAAGCAAGCGCUGCAUCUAUAGGGUGAAGUAUGUCUCCUGAUGACCCUAAUGGAAAGGCAUUAUGGGAGCUGCCCCUUGACUGCCAUGGCCUGAAAGCAGAGAGACCACGUAGGCAGCAGCCUUACUUAGGAGUUGCAAACAGGAAAGAUUCCUUCAUACCUAGGAGACAGAUUUAUGACUGGGAGAUGUUUCACAGACACAAGCCAUUCCGGCAACAAUAGUUUUCCCAUGGCUGGGGAUGCCUAUGGAUCAAGUGAUGUGUAAAUUUGGUGUUGCUUUGAUGUAGGACAACCGCCUCUGCUGACUACAUGACUAGGAACCUAUUUAAAAUCCAGUUUUUCCUUUGUUCAAAGUUCCAUGUUGGUGGCAGGCAGGCACUCUGUCAG